UGCAAACGGCGCAAUCCUGAACAAAACAAAUAUGGCGAACGAGUGAAAAAUCUCCAGUUUGUGCGUAUAAAUUAGUGCUUUCUGCUUGAAAACUGAUUAAAAAAUGAAUCAAAAGUGGUGCAAACGCUUUCCCAGUGUUCGAUUUACGUCAAUAAGUAUAAUUUUCUCGAUAUUUUGCUUAAUUCAAGCGACAAAUGCUCAACUUCACAAGAAUCUCAAGCACUACGAAACGCUUCACGCGGACGAUCUCACCCAUCGGAUCACGAAACGGGGCACCAAGCAUAGCAGUCACCCGUUCAACACGAUCAAGGAGGUCGAAUUCAAGGUGCUGGGACGGAACUUCCGGUUGAUUCUGCACCCGCACAAAGAGGUACUGCACAGCAACUUCCGGGCAUAUUCGGUCGAUGGGAGUGGGAUGGAGUCGAUCGUCCAUCUGGAUCACGAUAACUUCUUCAAGGGGAGGGUUUUCGGGGAGUCGGAUUCGCACGUGAAUGCGCAUCUGGAGAAUGGAAUCCUGACGGCUUCGGUGGUGCUUCCGGAUGAGACGUAUCAUAUAGAACCAUCGUGGAGGCAUUUGGAUCAGCUGACGGACAAGCACAUGAUUGCCUACAAGCAGUCAGACAUCAAAUUCAGCUGGGAUGAUGUGGAUGCGAUUGAAGGAGAAAUGGGAGGCGUUCCGAAGAGUUGUGGGUACAUCAAAGAAGGUGCUGAGUUGGAGGGAAGUGGCGAUGAAGAGGACAGUAUGGGGUUUGGCGAGAUGCCGUCAGUGUGGACCGCGGAGGCUGAGGGCGAUGAGAAAGGGGAGAAGAAGUCACGUGUAAAGCGGCAGGCAGACCAGUAUGAGUACACUCCCACGAAGACCAGAUGCCCUUUGCUUUUGGUUGCGGACUAUCGAUUCUUCCAGGAGAUGGGCGGCAGCAACACCAAAACGACCAUCAAUUACUUGAUAAGCUUGAUCGAUCGCGUGCACAAGAUCUACAACGACACUAUUUGGCAGGAUCGACAGGAUCAGGAAGGGUUCAAAGGGAUGGGUUUCGUUAUCAAGAAGAUAGUCGUUCACUCGGAACCCACGAGGGUACGGGGAGGCGAAGCACACUACAACAUGGUUCGCGAGAAGUGGGACGUUCGAAAUUUACUUGAGGUGUUUUCUCGUGAAUACAGUCAUAAAGAUUUUUGUCUCGCUCACCUAUUCACAGACCUGAAGUUCGAAGGCGGUAUUCUAGGUCUAGCUUAUGUUGGAUCGCCCCGACGAAACUCUGUCGGCGGCAUUUGUACACCAGAAUACUUCAAGAACGGGUACACGCUCUAUCUGAACUCGGGUCUGAGCAGUUCCCGCAACCACUACGGUCAACGGGUCAUCACCCGCGAGGCGGAUCUUGUCACCGCACACGAGUUCGGCCACAACUGGGGCUCGGAGCACGAUCCGGACAUUCCCGAGUGCUCGCCCAGUGCAUCCCAGGGGGGCAGUUUCCUGAUGUACACCUACUCGGUCAGCGGAUACGACGUGAACAACAAAAAGUUCUCACCGUGUUCGUUGCGAUCGAUUCGUAAGGUCCUGCAGGCCAAAUCCGGGCGGUGCUUUUCCGAACCGGAGGAAUCGUUCUGCGGAAAUUUGCGAGUGGAAGGAGACGAGCAGUGCGAUGCCGGAUUGCUCGGCACGGAGGACAACGAUGGAUGCUGCGAUAAGAACUGCAAACUUCGGCGCAGUCAGGGAGCGGUUUGCAGCGAUAAGAAUUCUCCGUGCUGUCAGAACUGCCAGUACAUGAUGUCCGGGGUGAAGUGUCGAGAAGCGCAGUACGCCACGUGCGAACAGGAAGCCAGAUGUACCGGGAAUCACGCCGACUGUCCGAAGAGUCCUCCCAUGGGAGAUGGAACCAUGUGCCUGGAAAGGGGACAAUGCCGCAACGGGAAGUGUGUUCCGUACUGCGAAACGCAGGGACUACAAAGCUGCAUGUGCGACACCAUGGCCGAUGCUUGCAAGCGAUGCUGCCGGCAGAGCAUCAAUGAGACAUGCUUCCCUGUGGAACCGCCGGAUGUACUGCCCGAUGGAACGCCCUGCAUUCAGGGUUUCUGCAACAAGGGCAUGUGCGAGAAGACCAUUCAGGACGUGGUAGAACGCUUCUGGGACAUCAUCGAGGAGAUCAACAUCAACAAGGUGUUGCGAUUUCUGCGCGAUAACAUUGUCAUGGCCGUUGUAAUGCUGACAGCAUUGUUCUGGAUUCCGGCUAGCUGUAUCAUAUCGUACUUCGAUCGGAAAAAGCGCAAGGAGGAUUGGAAGGAAUACGAAUGGAGUCAAAAGUUGGACUUGAUACAUCCCAGCGAUCGCAGACGAGUGAUUCACAUAAGGGUCCCGCGACAGAAAAUCACCGUCGCACGAAUGUAAGUACUCAAUUCAAACAUCUCAUAAUUGCUCCCCCAAUCCCCCAACCCGCACUAGUCCCGCGUAAUCUUAAGAUUUCGAAUCAACAAAAUACCAAACAUUCAAUGUUCGAACCGAA